AUGACAUCCGUCAAAGUCGCCAUCGUCGGCGCCACUGGAGAAACGGGAGCUUCAAUCGUGGACGGGCUACUUGGGUCGCCGGCAACCAAAUUUGAAGCGACUGCCCUAGCUCGGCCUGAGUCUCUUGAGAAGCCAGCUGAUACGGAGCUCAAGAAGCGUGGAGUCAAGGUGGUCCCGGCCGACCUGAAGGGUCCUCAAGAUACACUCGUUAGCCUUCUUUCUGGUAUCGAUGUGUUGAUCUCGGCGAUAUUUUUUGGUAGUCUCGCGGAUGAGAUCCCUCUUGCCGAUGCUGCGAAACGUGCGGGUGUCAAGCGGUUUGUUCAGUCUGCUUUCAUGGUCGUCAUUCCUCCAAGGGGAGUUGUUGAUUUUCGCGAGAAGAAGGAAGACAUUCUCAACUACAUUCAGAAGCUUCGUCUCCCGUACACGUAUAUCGAUGCCGGCUGGUGGUACCAGCUUACCUUGCCUCGACUCCCAUCUGGUCGCCUGGACUACGCUCUACCCGUGUACAGUUCAGAGCCGCGGCUCGGCGUGGAUGGGAAUGUUCCGAGUGCACUUGCCGAUAUCAGGGACGUCGGCAGAUACGUUGCCCGGGUCAUCGCAGAUCCACGCACGUUGAACAAGAGGGUUCAUGUCUACAAUGAAGUCCUUACCAGAAAUCAGGUUUAUGAUCUAGUGGAGAGGCUGAGUGGCGAAAAGCUGGAGCGUAAAUACAUCACCGAGGAAGAGAUUACAUCUCGCAUCCACGAAGCUCGAUCUGAUCUUGAAGCUAAUCCGGCGAGCCUGGACGCUUUCAGCCAUCUCUCUACCAACCAGCUUCUACUUUCUUGGGCCAUCCGUGGAGACAACACACCCGAAUAUGCCAAAUACUUGGGGUACCUUGACGGCAAGGAAUUGUACCCGGAUUUUGAAUUUACCAGGUUUGAGGAUUACGUCAAGGCAGCACUUGAGGGGACGGCCAAAGUGGUUUACCAAGGGGGGGAGUAA